CCUUUAAGCCUGGGCCCGUUUGUGCUCCGCUCUCUGUUUCCCCACGAAACACAUUCAGCGGUGGGGAUUGUGGGAACAGAAGGCACGGCGGGUCUGUUUCUCCUCCAGCAGAACCGAGCCGGACCGACCCGAACACUGACCCGAGCAAGAGCCGAACUCUGACCCAGCUGAGCUGACCUCACACUGGCUGUAGCAGAAUGUCUAGCCGAGGAGGAAAGAAGAAGACCACGAAGACGUCCAGGUCCACUAAAGCUGGGGUGAUCUUCCCCGUGGGCCGAAUGCUGCGCUACAUUAAGAGAGGCCUCCCCAAAUACAGGAUCGGCGUGGGCGCUCCAGUUUACAUGGCUGCGGUUCUGGAGUAUCUGACCGCUGAAAUUCUGGAGUUGGCGGGAAACGCAGCGCGGGACAAUAAGAAAGGCCGUGUUACUCCCAGACACAUCCUGCUGGCUGUGGCCAACGACGAGGAGCUCAAUCAGCUGCUGAAGGGCGUGACCAUCGCAGCAGGUGGAGUUUUACCCAACAUCCACCCCGAGCUGCUGGCGAAGAAGAGAGGGUCAAAGGGCAAACUGGAGGCGGUCAUCACCCCCCCACCAGCCAAGAAAACAAAAACCGGAAAAAAAUCAGGAACAGCCAAGAAACUGGGCACCAAAAAGUCUUCAAGAGCGAAGAAGGGUGAUGGGAGUAAAUCUGCGAGUGCUGACAGCACCACCGACACUCCGGCUGACGGAUUCACCGUUCUUUCCACAAAGAGCCUCUUCCUGGGACAGAAGCUCAAUCUUAUUCACAGCGAGAUCAGUAACUUGGCUGGCUUUGACGUGGAAGGGGUAAUCAAUCCGACCAAUGCUGACAUUGACCUUAAAGAUGAUCUAGGCAGUGCACUGGAGAAGAAGGGAGGGAAGGAGUUUGGUGAAGCGGUGUUGGAGCUACGCAAGAAGAACGGCCCUCUAGAGGUGGCUGGAGCGGUCCUGACCUCAGGCUACGGGCUCCCGGCUAAGUUUGUGAUCCAUUGUAACAGUCCCGGGUGGGGAUCCGACAAGUGCGAAGAGCUUCUGGAUAAAACGGUGAAGAACUGCUUGGCUCUGGCUGACGAGAAAAAACUCAAAUCCGUCGCCUUCCCCUCCAUCGGCAGCGGCAGGAACGGUUUCCCGAAGCAGACGGCCGCCCAGCUCAUCCUGAAGGCCAUCUCCAGCUACUUUGUGUCUACCAUGUCAUCCUCAAUCAAAACAGUCUACUUCGUUCUGUUUGACAGCGAGAGCAUAGGGAUCUACGUGCAGGAAAUGGCGAAACUUGACGCUAACUGAAUUUAUACCCCCUGAAUUUUUAUGCUCGUUUCAGAUUUUCUGAGAAUUAAAAAGAAAAAGAAAAGAUUUAUUUGGUAAAAUUUUAUGGAGAGGCACUCAAUUUGAGAAUAUUUCUGUUAGAUAUGCUCUUUGUGUACUUGUCUUAUUGGUGUUGCCAUGCUUACGGUGGAGGUGAUGCUGUCUUGUGGGCACUUUGUCAUGAUACUGGUCUCUCUUGCGGUAUUUAUAAUGUUUAUAAUGAAGGAUUAAUGUUUAACGAUGGAUUGUGGCAUUCCAGGUGGUGGCAGUGCUGUGAUUAUGUUGUAAAUGGAAAGUGGUUGGUGCACUUUUGUUUUGUGUUUGUGCUGUGCCUAUUUGUUGUUUCCAUCCUUUUGUCUCUUUUUGUUGUGUUUAUUUUUUUUGUCUAUGAUGUGCAUUACUUACAGAUUAUAUAGAUUACGUGUAAGAACAAUGUUUUAGUAAAAUAUUGGGCUGAGAAA